AUGGAGGCCCAAGUGCAAGCGCUGCAUCGCAUGGCGGAGUCGGACUGGGCGCACCAGGAGACUUGCUACGUGACUCUGCUGAAGAUUCUGGGCAACAUCGUAGACCAUCCCUCCGAGGCCAAGUUCCGACACCUGAAGACCAGCAACGCCGCCCUGAAGGCGAAGGUCUUCGACUUGCCGGGGGCCCUGGAGUUCCUUUUGGCCUGCGGCUUCGUGCAAGCCGAUGACGCCCUGGAUUGCCCGGGCGGUGCCGACCAGAUCGCCAUGGCCAAGGACCGCUUGAAGAAGCACGCGGACGAUGAGAAGAUGAACGAGCUGCGGAGAGAGCGCGAUGCCCGCAUUGCAGAGGAGAAGGCAAAGUCCAAGAAGGACCCCUUCACCUGCCAUCAUCAGCUUGCCACCACAGAGGAGGAGAAGGAAGCCAUCCGCAAGGAGUUGGAGCGGGACAGGUUGGAGCUGGAGGCAGAGUUGGCGCACCGAGGGCCCACCCAGGCCUCCAAGGCGACGGACCUCAAGUUUGGGGCCAGCGAGGGUGACACCUCCUUCCUCAAGAAGGGCGGCGGCUGA